AACGUCAUUCUACCGCCAGCCGAUUCCGCAGACAAGGAUGUUUCGCCCGAAAUUUCUAUCCCUAGUACAAAUGCGACAGAACUGCUGGAUUCUUUGGAAGUAUUACGUAAUUGUUAUCUGAAGGAAACAAACAAACUGGAUACAGGCAGUGAUGAUGUUGGCAAUUCCUAUCCUCUGCCAUAUAUCCAUCUUGACAAACUCCAAAGAAGUAUUGCAGACAUGGAAAUGGAUUUGAAAGCGAAAUAUUUCCUUUUCUAUGAGGUGAUGAGCAGUUUCAACCAUUCAACGAAUAAUGCACAUGGUCCCGGUGAAGCAUUCUCCGUAUUGGUAAACACUUUGCACGAGUUACCAGAGAGGAUUCGUGAAAUACUCUUCGACUACUUGAACUUCGGU